CAAUAAUAAUGUUAGCAUGAGUAGCAAUAUUAAUGAUAGUAAUAGUAGUGAUAAUUGUGAUGACUUUUAUAGUGACUAUAGUAAUAACACUAGUGAUUAUAUUAAUGACAAUAGUAAUGACU